AUGAAUUUUUACAUAGUCCCAGCGGGGCUGUAUCAGACCCAGCAGAAAAUGGGUAAAAAGAAACACGGCAAAAAACGUACAUCUCGCUCGAGCAGAACAUCAAGUUCAAGUGACAAGACGGACACACCGUCAUUGAAGUCCAACACAACUUUCGGCGGCUCAAUCAAGUCUUUGCCUGAUACUCCUGAGGACUCUGAUCCUAAUGAAAUAUCCCAAAUUCCUCCAGAAUCAGGUUCUCGAAUGAAUUACAAUAAGGCUCCAGAGUUCUCAAGCUCAACGACAAACACUAUACCCCUUGACAUGGAACAAAGGCAUUCCUCAGGAUCGACUACAUCGCUGACAGUGAAUACAAGAGAUCAAGAUAAACGCCCAGGUUUGUUCUCGGUACCUAGCGAUUUUCAACAGAACCGUCGAAGUAGCAUCAUGUCGUUUUCCUCCUCCCAAUCGAAGUCGUCUAAUCUGGCCCGCAAGGCAUCGUACUCCCAAGUACCCACAGCUAGUAUUUCCUCACAACUACCUCCCGGAACUGUUGACGUUCGCCCGGAGUUGUUUAGCCGUCAAGGUUCUCACCUGGAUCACUCCAAACCACAUUUUCAUGUUCCAAAGUUUCGACCAAUCACGGAUUUGUCAGUGUUGAAUAAAGAGUCCCUGUUACGACACAAUUUUUUGAAUCCAAACUAUAUGUCCACACGCUAUAAUAACUUCUUACAAAUUCUAUCGGAACAUCACUUAAGUGAUUCAAUGAACUUUGCUGCAGUUCGAGAGCAUUCUUUAAUGAAAUUCAUCAACAGACAUAUAAUAAGCAAACGCGAAAGAGAAAUGAGCCACGCAAUUAAAUCUAAGGAAGACAUACGAUAUUACGAGGGAUUGAUUUCUUACGAGCUCUUGCAAUGUCGAACCUUCCUACGCCGCCUCAUCAGCUUGCAAUCCAAAGAAAUUCCGAAUCGUGACUGCAUUAUAUCCUGUGAAGAACUUCUUCAAAUAAAUUUCAUCAACUAUGUGAGGUAUCUCCUAAACCUUCCAAACGUUUUGCCCGUUGCGCCUGAAAACCUUGACGACAUUCUGGCAAAGCAUUAUCACUUCCGAUCUUUCUUCUCCGAGAUGAGCAGUGCUUUGUACUCAUUGAGGAAGGAAGGUUACACAUAUGAAAUGCCAACUUCAACUUCAGACGUUGAAAUUCUUCUUGAAACAAUCAGCAAAGUUUCCUACGAAUUUAUUCUCUUGGAGAAAUAUGCCAUUCAUAUCCUUGUCAAGUUGAAUCACAAUUUUGCCAUUGAGCAGAGAAUUGUGAGCCAUCUUUUCUCAUUAUUUGAUUUGAACAUAAAAUUAGAGAGAAUGGAAUCCUUGAAGGUAUUGAAUUUUAAUACUUAUUUCAGUGCACAAUAUUCGUGGUAUAUGGCAAUCACUUUACCAUUCGUGAGAGUUUUCGAAGCUAAUAUUUAUGGAGAAGACCCUGCAAUAGUCUCAAGUUUGGACUCCUAUCGUGCUCAUUUGGCAGCAACUGCUGAUAAAAGACAAAAUUUCAAGGAUUCUGACAGACUUCUAUACGAGAAGUAUUUCAGUCGCCUCAAAUUUAAGGACUUUCUGCAGUUUGUACAAUUAAGUCGAAAGGACUUGGUCAGUUUGCAAAGGAAUACCUUUGACAAAUUUGGUGACCAUUCGUUAGACUAUGGACACAGGGACUUUCAAUUUAAACCGCCUAAUUUUGAAUUCUUUGCUAACUCGCUUUCUACUCUUGAAUCGGAAACAUUCCAUGUCAUCCACAGUCGUGAUAUUGCGUUGCAGCUUAGUCCGACUAAUUUUAAAGUCAUUUUGGCUGAGUUUUAUCGUCUUUUGAAGAAAGGAGGAGUUUUAGAGGUCCCUUUGUUCAAGUCUGGUGACGAUCAUAUCCAAGAUUUAGUAAAUCCUGGUACUUCAAAAUUUCCAAACCUGACUAAAUUUAUGGACCUUGAAGUUGCACGGACAUUCGACCUCAUACCUCAUCUAUUGGAAUCACUCUUCGAGGAACUUGGUCAGAUUUUUGGGGCAAAGAAUGUGAAAUUCUCCUCUGCUCUACUCAGUCCCAAGAACGAUAUGAACAGCUUUUUUAUCAAGCAUACAGCUUUGUCGGUGUACGAAAUCUACGGAGAUGUCGAUAGCUAUUGUUCCCGCUUUGCGACGGAGGAUAAUUCGAAUGUUGAUAAGGAUUGUUUCCAUUACUAUUUCUAUAUAAGAGCUGAAAAGGCUUGA